CUCUGCAGGAACGGGUAGUUCACCAGUGCGAAUUGCUGAGGACCGACGACAGCAAGUCAAGAAGAGAAAUCGGCAUUUUUUUUGUUAUACUACUUUUCCGAAGAAAGAUUUAUUCAGAUUAAUAAUAAUAUGGUGACCAUAAAGAGACUAGCAAUCGCUGGUUCCAGUACGUUUUUCAUUAUGCUUCUUAUAUACAACGUAGUAUUUCCCGCUAUAUUAAAAUCGAUGGUCAAAUCUCAAGUUAGACUGAAGAAAGGGGAUGAAAUGCGCGGUUUUUGGGAAAAACUUCCGCAGCCGCUGGAUUUUAGGAUCUACGUCUUCAACGUAACAAAUCCUUUUGAGCUUAAAUCAGGAGCGAAACCGAUUGUGCAGGAAGUGGGACCUUUUCACUAUGAUUUGUAUCGGGACAAGGAAAAUCUUGAAGAUCGAGAAGAAGACGAUACUGUAGAGUAUAGUUUGAGACAAACUUGGUACUUCAAUCCUGAAAAGAGCAUCAUGUCUGAGGAUGCGGAAAUUUACUUUUUUCAUCCCCUCAUGAUAUCAGUAGUUUUGAUUAUUCAAAGAGACAAGCCAUCUGCGAUGGGCGUUAUCAACAAGGCGUUUGACAGUAUCUUCCAGAAACCUGAAUCAAUAUUUAUUAAGACCACCAUAAAAGAUCUAUUCUUCCGUGGUAUACUUGUUGAUUGUACGGACAUAACAGAUUUUGCUGGAUCUGCAGUAUGUAACGCGUUAAAGGAAAAGGAAGCUAUAUUUAUCGUAGAGGGCGAAUCACGUUACAAAUAUGGUUUUCUUGCUAAGGCAAACGGGACUCUAUCGCCAAAGCGCAUAAGAGUAAAUCGUGGAAUCAAAAAUUACAUGGAUGUCGGCCGUGUAGUAUCGGUAGGAAACGAUACAAAGAUGAGCGUAUGGUCCGGUGACCCAUGUAACGAUUAUAUUGGAACGGAUGGAACCAUUUUUCCGCCGUUUCUCACCGAAGAUAGAAAAGUCUGGGCGGUCUCUCCAGAUAUUUGCCGAAGUAUGCCCACAUAUUACCUUAGACCAGGAAAAGUUCAAGGUUUCAAAACGCUGCAUUUCACGACAGACUUAGGAGAUCCGUCUAUAGACGAGAAUAUUACGUGUUUUUGUAGUAACACCGAAGGAUGCAUGCCGAAAAACGUAUUUAACGCAGGUCCCUGCAUGAGUGUGCCCAUAAUAAUAAGCCUGCCUCAUUUUCUUAACUCGGAUCCACGAUAUUUGGAGAUGAUCGACGGGAUAAAUCCCGAUCCCGAGAAACACCGGAUGGCUUUCGACUUUGAGAUACUGACGGGCACUCCGAUAAAAGCGUACAAGAAGAUUCAAUUCAACGUGUUGGUCGGACCCGUCCCCAAGCUUAAAAUCAUGAAACAAUUUCCGGAAGCGCUCUUCCCGUUUUUCUAUAUAGAGGACGGACUUGAACUCGGACCUAUUCUAAUAAAACCAUUGAAAAUUGCGUACAUACAGAUUUUAGUCGCAAAGAUACUAAUGUGGCUCUCGAUGCUGGGUGGAAUCGGCAUGAUGACAGUCGCCGGAAUGAGAUAUUAUAAGGAGAGGAAUGCGGGAAACGUUACGAAACCGGAUCUUAUGCCGAAACAAUCAGAGCAGAACAGUGCGACCCAAAAAUCGACAAUUAGUACCAUACAAGCUGAAAUGGUGCCACCCAACAUUGAUUAACAGAGAGUAAUAAUUCAUAAUAAAUAAUAUUAUAUAUUUGCUAUAUACUUAUAAUCUCUAUAAAUGCUAAGAGAUUUAAGAGAACGUUAACCACGCGAUAUUAAUCGGAAUUUACGUGUUGGAAAUAAUAAUUUGAAAGAUUUUGUCAUUUAAUUCAUAUUUUUGAUAACAUGCUUAUAUUAGCAUAAUUCUAAUUAUAUCAUUUUAACGUGAUAUAGUUCCUAUUAUUGUAGCAAUAUUUGUCUUACACAAACGUAUAAUAUCAGAAUUAUUUGUAAAAUAUUAUUACAAUAGCUAUAAUCAAUA